GAGUUAUCUUAUUGUUGCCUGCUUUUGUCAGAAUGCCUGCUGAACGCAAGCGCUCGGUAAACAUGGACGAGAAAGACGUUUGUUCCACCAGCAGCAAGGACAAAGAGAAGGACAGAGAUGCGGAGAGGAAAGCGUCAGCGCCGGCCGCACCGCGGGACAAAACCAAAGACGAGGCUAAGAUGAGCGGCAAAAAGGAGGGCGCCAAAGACGAGAAAAGGAAGCGACAGGAGGAGGAGAAGAAGAAGAAAGAGGAGAAGGAGCGGAAGAAGAAAGAAGAGGAGAAACAGAAGGCAGAGGAAGAGCAGAAGCAGAAGGAGGAGGAGGCAAAGAAGCAGCAGGAGGAGGAGGAGAAGAAGCAGAAGGAGGAGGAGGCCAAAAGGCAACGUGAGGAGGAAGCUGCUAUCCUGAAGGAACAGGAAGAAGGUCAGCAGCUGCACCAGGAGGCCUGGGAGCGUCACCACUGCCGGAAGGAGCUGCGCGCCCGCAACCAGAAUGCCCAGGAGAGCCGUCCGGAAGAGGCCUUCUUCAGCCGCCUGGACUCCAGCCUGAAGAAGAACACGGCCUUCGUCAAGAAGCUGCGCACGCUCACCGAGCAGCAGCGCGAGUCGCUCUCCAACGACUUUGCUUCGCUCAACCUCAGCAAGUACAUCGGCGAGGCGGUGGGCUCGGUGGUGGAGGCCAAGCUGAAGAUCUCGGACGUGGGCUGCGCCGUGCACCUGUGCUCGCUCUUCCACCAGCGCUACGGCGACUUUGCCCCGCUGCUCCUUCAGGCCUGGAAGAAGCACUUUGAGGCGCGCAAGGAGGACAAGGCGCCCAACGUCAGCAAGCUGCGCACCGACCUGCGCUUCCUGGCCGAGCUCACCAUCGUGGGCUUCUUCACCGACAAAGAGGGCCUGUCGCUCAUCUACGAGCAGCUCAAGAACAUCAUCGGCGCCGACCGCGACACGCACACGCACGUGUCGGUGGUGAUCAGCGUCGGCCGUUACCUACAACAUGUUUGGCCAUUUUAAAUUCUGCAUCACCCUGAUAGGAGGCUACGUGCUCUUCCAAGACCCUCUGUCACUCAACCAGGCUUUGGGGAUCCUUUGCACUCUGGUGGGAAUCUUGUCGUACACGCACAUCAAGCUGGCCGAACAAGAGGAGGGAAAAAGUCGCCUGGCUCAGAGGCCAUGACGGGCGGGGGGAUACGAUAAGGGAUGUUUUUUAAUAUCAAUCUUUAUUUUAUGAUGUGCUUUUGUAAGUAAAGACUCCGAUCCCGACAGGACGAAA